GUUCCUCUCCUGCUGCUCGAUGACUCACUUGGCUCAGCCGUUUCCUGUCGCUGUCCUGUGUGUCGCCGCUUUUACAGAUUUGAAUGGGACCGUGACAGAGGACGAGCUCGAGCAGGAAGAGAUAAAUAAGGAUCAGACGACCCACAAUCCUCCUGCAGUCAGCCGCGGUUCAGUUCUGUUCGCCCACGAUGGAGAAAACGAAGCAGAAUCAAAGCCGUCCAAACUCUCUUCGCUCAGCUUUGGAGACGAAAACAAACCAACAUCUUCAACACCAGCAGCUUUACAUCCUGAAAUCACAACUUCCAGUCAGACUACAACUUUUCUGAGGACUACAACUCCCAGAGAGCAGACACCAGCUGGUCUGGAGGAGUCCUCAGAGGAAGGUUCAGUCAUCACAACUCCAUCACUGACAUCAGCAAAACCACAAAUUCACCCAUCAGAUAAAAAGUCGUCUGAGGAAGAGGAGGAGGAAAACGGGAGAGGGGAUGAUGGUGAUGAAGGAGAGCAGGACGCCUCAAAUGAGCAUUUCAAGGAUUUGCUCACAACUGAGUUUACAACUACAACAGCUAAAAUAAUGACAACGCUGGCUGUGGCAGAGGAGGAGUCCGACGAGGCGGCAGAGAGUUCGACACCAUCUGCAGAGAAAACAGGUGGAGGAGUUGUCACCUUUACAUUUUCACCAGCAGCACCUGCAGCUUCUGAGGAGGGAGCAGAGCCGAGUGUCGGAAAGGAGGAUGCCAGUUUUCUGAGGCACACUGAAGCCACCUCCACAGGCCCACAAAUGAUAACCAGGGUGACCGAAAGAUUCUCGACAAGAAGCCCGCCACCAGAAAACAACCCAGCGAAAACCGCCGCCGUCUCACCCUCAGCUCCUGAUUCACGGGAGGAAGAGCGGAGAGCGCACACACCUGCUGCAGGUCGUCUCAGCCCGCCGAGCCGAGGACAGGCGACUCAACCAUCCACAACAACCUCACCAACAGGCGUCUCUCAGACGACACACGGAAGCCGAGUCACCUCCGUCAAACCAAGAUCAGAGAUAAUCUCAUCCGCCCGAACCACAGCGGCGAACGCACACACGACGCCCGAGGAAUCCGAGGAGGAGCUGCGAGGAGCGCCACAGAAAGCUCCGUGUUUGGAGGACGAGCCGGCAGACAGCUCGCAGGAGAAAAACACAGAUGACUGGGACGUGGCUCAGAAGAGGGCGGUGCCGUUCUUCGCCUGGUCGCUGCUGGAGUCUGUUGGGUUGUCUGACAUACAGCUGCAGCCAGACAGCAGAGACUGCAGUCGCUCCUUCACUCUGUACGGCAGCGAUGGGCGAGCCCGGCGGGAGAUGCCGGCUCUGGGGGAGAUGCUCCAUUGUCUAACGGGACGAUGCCCGCACGAGUACGAGAUGUACGGCUGCUACUGCGGACAGGAGGGCGGGGGGCAGCCUCAGGACCAGCUGGACAGGUGUUGCUUCUUCCAUCACUGCUGCCUGAAGCAGCUCGGCUCCAUGGGCUGCAGAGCGGAGAGGAAGCUCAACGCCCAGAUCUCCUGCGAGGGCGGGAAACCACGAUGUCAGGGCGCCACCGUCUGCGACAAGCUGCAGUGUGUGUGUGACAAAACCACCGCCGAGUGCAUGGCAGCGGCACGCUUUAACCACAGCCUGCCGCUGCAGCAGUGCCGCGGCCCCGCGCCUCCCUGCCGCCGCGCCAGCAGACCCCCCAAACCACGGCUUUCCCCUCAGUCCAGCGAGGAGAGCGAGGAGGCGCAGGGAGGAAACUCUGACGUGAACGUCGGGGAGGAUCAGAAACCUGAAAGCACACAGGAGACAAACACACCUCCGCCACGACAGAUUCACAACAGUGAGGAGAGCAGAGAGCCACCGACACACGGCGGGAUGCAAACUCACAACCACAGGCCGAGUGCAGGGCACCGGCCAGCAGGGAGACCAGGAGGGACCGCUGUGAAAGAAGAGGAGGAGGAAGAAAAGGAGGAAGAAGAGGAGGGUGGAGGAGAGGAGGAAGAAGAAGAGGAGGGGGAGGGCAACUAGAGGCGAAUAUAUCGCUUCUUGAAGGCAGCUUUGGGAUCUGAAGAAGUCAUUUUUGGGAAAAACUGUUUUUUUGUGAGAUACUUUUGCUCUCAGAAACAGAAGUUGUAAUUUAAAGAAACGACGUCGGAAAUCAAAUGUUUACUUUGAUUUUCAGGU